CGGGAAUCUGCAGCCGAGAGAUGAAGUUAAAGGUUCACCCUUCUCCCCAGAGCUGCCCGGGCUGUACAAAGUGCUGGUCACAGCGCUGUUUAGACGUCCUACACCCCCGGAGUGACGAGCGGUGGCGUGAGGCCAGCGCGGAGGCUGCCCCCUCCCCCUUCUGGCCCCGAGGCGCAGAGCUGGGUUUAGCACCGACUGAGCUCAGGGGGCGGUGUCGCAGGGAUGGGGGGAGGGGCUCCUACAUGGCUAUAAAGGGGUGGCCUGGGCAGCCUGAUCCUUGCACUCGCUGGAAAGCAGCUCAGAGCCAGGUGCUAUAGCAAGGCCAGAGCGCACAGCCAGGAGGAGAGAGCAGAGCCCUGCUCAGAUCCAGCCACAUCGAGGCCAAGGCAGAGGACAAAGAGUCCAGGCUCUUAUCCUGGACUUGCUGCCCAGCUCCGGAGCGCUUCUCGAUCCCGCAGCAGCCUCCUGACCCGGUGCCUCCAUCGCGGUGCUGGAAUAAAAAGUUCCCGCGCGCCGGCGGAACCGAAGCGCCUCUUUCUAAGUGACCCGGGGCUUAGGCUGCUGGCUCUGCGCGAACUUUCAAAUCAAACUGAUCGUGAAAUUUAAGCAUCCGGAGCAAGCCGGCGAAGCUCUGCCGGUCUAACCAGACCAAGAAUUCGCUGCGCUGCAGUGUGCGGUGCCAUGCAGCCAGCAGUCCCUCUGGGGUCAAGCAAGCAGAAGUCCCGUUCCGACAUGCAGCGGGCAGCAAUGUCUCUGAGCUCUCUGCCUGUCCCCACGCUGUUGGGGCUGCUCGCGUCCGUAGCAAUGCUGCUGACUGUGCGGGGCGCACACGGGCGCCCCACGGAGGAGGACCAGGAGCUGGUGCUGGCCUCUCUGGAGCGCGCCCCAGGCCUCGAUUCCACCGCAAGUCUCCGCCUGGACGCCUUUGGCCAGCAGCUGCACCUGAAGCUGCAGCCGGACAGCGGUUUCUUGGCGCCCGGUUUCACCCUCCAGACAGUGGGGCGCAGUCCCGGGUCCGAGGCACAGCAUCUGGACCCCACCGGGGACCUGGCUCACUGCUUCUACUCUGGCACCGUGAACGGUGACCCCAGCUCCGCCGCCGCCCUCAGCCUCUGUGAAGGCGUGCGCGGUGCCUUCUACCUGCAAGGCCAGGAGUUCUUCAUUCAGCCAGCGCCUCCGGUCGCCACCAAACGCCUCGUCCCCGGCGCCGCUGAGGAGGAGUCAGCCGCACCGCCCCGGCUCCACAUCCUGAGGCGAAGGCGGCGGGGCAGCAGCGGCGCCAAGUGCGGUGUCACGGACGACGAGAUCCUGCCAACCAGCGACUCCGGAUCAGAAGGCCGGAACACCCAGAACCGCUGGGACCCCGCGCCACAAAGCGCGGGAAGACCAACAGGACCUGGAAGUGUAAGGAAAAAGCGAUUUGUGUCCAGCCCCCGUUAUGUGGAGACCAUGCUGGUGGCUGACCAGUCCAUGGCUGACUUCCACGGCAGCGGUCUGAAGCAUUACCUUCUAACCUUAUUCUCGGUGGCAGCCAGGUUUUACAAGCACCCCAGCAUUAGGAACUCAAUUAGCCUGGUGGUGGUGAAAAUUCUGGUCAUCUAUGAGGAGCAGAAGGGACCAGAAGUUACCUCCAAUGCUGCUCUCACCCUUCGGAACUUCUGCAGCUGGCAGAAACAGCACAACUCUCCCAGUGACCGGGAUGCUGAGCACUAUGACACAGCCAUUCUUUUCACUAGACAGGAUUUAUGUGGCUCCCACACAUGUGAUACUCUCGGGAUGGCUGACGUAGGAACUGUAUGUGACCCCAGCAGAAGCUGCUCAGUCAUAGAAGAUGAUGGCUUACAAGCUGCCUUCACCACAGCCCAUGAAUUGGGCCACGUGUUUAACAUGCCGCAUGAUGACGCAAAGCACUGUGCCAGCUUUAAUGGUGUGAGCGGGGAUUCUCAUCUGAUGGCCUCCAUGCUCUCCAGCUUGGACCAUAGCCAGCCCUGGUCCCCUUGCAGUGCCUACAUGGUCACAUCAUUCCUGGAUAAUGGCCAUGGGGAAUGUUUGAUGGACAAGCCCCAGAAUCCAAUCAAGCUCCCAUCUGAUCUCCCUGGUACUUUGUAUGAUGCCAACCGCCAGUGUCAGUUUACAUUUGGAGAGGAAUCCAAACACUGCCCUGAUGCAGCCAGCACGUGUACCACCCUUUGGUGCACUGGCACCUCCGGCGGCUUACUGGUGUGCCAGACAAAACACUUCCCUUGGGCAGAUGGCACCAGCUGUGGAGAAGGGAAAUGGUGUGUCAGUGGCAAGUGUGUGAACAAGACCGACAUGAAGCAUUUUGCUACUCCUGUUCAUGGAAGCUGGGGAGUGUGGGGACCCUGGGGAGACUGUUCAAGAACGUGUGGUGGAGGAGUUCAGUAUACAAUGAGAGAAUGUGACAAUCCCGUCCCGAAGAAUGGAGGAAAGUACUGUGAAGGCAAACGAGUGCGCUACAGGUCCUGUAACAUCGAGGACUGCCCAGAUAAUAACGGGAAAACUUUCAGAGAGGAGCAAUGUGAAGCGCACAACGAUUUUUCAAAAGCUUCCUUUGGGAAUGAGCCCACUGUGGAAUGGACACCCAAGUAUGCUGGCGUCUCUCCAAAGGACAGGUGCAAGCUCACUUGUGAAGCCAAAGGCAUUGGCUACUUCUUUGUUUUACAGCCCAAGGUGGUAGAUGGCACUCCCUGUAGUCCAGACUCUACUUCCAUCUGUGUGCAAGGACAGUGUGUGAAAGCUGGUUGUGAUCAUAUCAUUGACUCCAAAAAGAAGUUUGAUAAGUGUGGUGUUUGUGGAGGAAAUGGCUCCACGUGCAAGAAAAUAUCAGGAUCAGUCACUAGUGCCAGACCUGGAUAUCAUGACAUCGUCACAAUUCCUGCUGGAGCCACCAACAUUGAAGUGAAACACCGGAACCAAAGAGGGUCCAGAAACAAUGGCAGUUUUCUGGCUAUCAGAGCUGCAGAUGGUACCUAUAUUCUGAAUGGAAACUUUACUCUGUCCACACUAGAGCAAGACCUCACCUACAAAGGUACUAUCUUGAGAUACAGUGGCUCCUCAGCAGCAUUGGAAAGAAUCCGCAGCUUCAGUCCACUCAAAGAACCCUUAACCAUUCAGGUUCUUAUGGUGGGCCAUGCUCUGCGACCCAAAAUCAAAUACACCUAUUUUGUGAAGAAGAAGAAGGAGUCAUUCAACGCCAUCCCCACUUUUUCAGAGUGGGUUAUUGAAGAGUGGGGAGAAUGCUCCAAGUCAUGUGGAUCAGGUUGGCAGAGAAGGGUGGUCGAAUGUAGAGACAUUAACGGACACCCUGCUUCUGAAUGUGCAAAAGAAGUGAAGCCCGCCAGUAGCAGACCUUGUGCAGACCUGCCUUGCCCACAUUGGCAGGUGGGGGACUGGUCACCAUGUUCCAAAACUUGUGGGAAGGGUUACAAGAAGAGAACCUUAAAAUGUCUGUCCCAUGAUGGGGGAGUGUUGUCAAAUGAGAGCUGUGAUCCUUUGAAGAAACCAAAACAUUACAUUGACUUUUGCACACUGGCACAGUGCAGUUAGGCAGUUUGGAGAAUGAGGUAGCUUAAGAGGGCUGAUACACUGAGAUCCAAAGUUCUGGAAGCAUCGGUCAAACCAGUAACCAGUGAGAUGUGUCAGUGAGGUCUGUGUAAAAGAGGUAGAUCAGGACACUAUCCUGCCAGUUAAAAUUUGAUAAGGUAGUUAAUAAGGACUAUUAGUAUCUGAGAGACCAUACAUAGCACAAGGAAGCCCCAAAGUUAUUCAUAUUCUUUUUGUUACAUUGAUUGCUAAAGUAACUGUCAAGAAUCUGGUAGAAACAUUCAAGCUCCAUUGCAUGGUACUGACUAGAUGCUUUGUAUCAUAGGAGUUUGGAAAGUCAAAGCAGGAGGAGGGUGGGGUUGUAUGUCAAACAUAGCUUACUUUCUAUCAUUGGCAUUGGGCCAGGGAAAAGGCUACAAACAAGAUCAUUAUUCAAAGUUCUGGCUGCUGUGGUUUCAGGGAGUGUUGAUACAUCAUUUCUAUCAAUAGUAAAAAGUUCAGAUGGCUCAACAUGAAAGUCUCACCUCUGAAACAGUCCAUGGUUUCUUCCUAUACCAUCUCAGCUUUUAACUAUAAUUCAUGUUGAGGUAGAAACAACUCACUUAUUUAUAAAAUGUACAUUGAUUUUAAAAGGAAAAAAAAACAGUGAUGUAUAUGAGGUGCACAAAAAACCCCGAAGAAACACAAUGGGUAAGACAAUGAGUCUCCUGCCUUGCUUCCUCUUAAGGUUAGCCUACCUGGCAACUGUGGUUGUUAAAACCAAUCUGUUUCACAAAAGGAGGCAAUAUCACACUUAUGCCAGAGUAAGAAUGGGGUUUGGAGAAUAGAGUCCCAUGCUAUUGGGAACAUGGAGAUUGCUUGUCCCACACGGGAGGCUGCUGCAGGGUAGCAGGUCCACUCCUGGGAGCUGGUACAACAGUCGUAUCCUGGUGAAUGUCUGUUCAGCUCUUCUACUGAGAGAGAAUAUGACUGUUUCCGUAUGUAUAUAGUAAAAUAUGUUGCUAUGAAUUAUAUGUACUUUAUAAGUAUUGGUUUGUUUAUUCCUUCUAAGAAGGACUAUAGUUUAUAAUAAAUGCCUAUAAUAACAUAUUUAUUUUUAUACAUUUAUUUCUAAUGAUAAAACCUUUAAGUUAUAUCGCUUUUGUAAAAGUGCAUAUAAAAAUAGAGUAUUUAUACAAUAUAUGUUAACUAGAAAUAAUAAAAGAACACUUUUGAAUGUU